AUGUACUGCUCAACGGAACAUUUUCAAUAUUUUUUUGAAACUUUGGAAUUUCAGCAAGACGAAAACGGUGUGCUAUUGCUUGAUCCUUCCGUACGUAUUUAUUGUAAUGCAGACGUGGAUGCAAUAUGUGCCGCUGAAAUAUUCAAGAAAUUAUUUUAUCUGAAACAUACAAUAUGGAGUAUUAAGCCAGUUAGAAACACAGAAGAUUUUGACAUAAGAGAUAGGCAACCAAGUCCUCUUGCAAAAUCGAUUUUCAUAGUAUUAGAUAAUAUAAAUUCACCGGAAAACAAAGACAUAAUAGAAAAGGCUAAAAGAAAAGAACUCGCAGAAAAAGAUGACAAACAUGAAACGGUGGGCGGAUAUUUGGUCAUAACGGACGAUUUCGGACGCCCAGUCAAAAAGCAUUGGUCGGCAAUUGAAAAGCAUAUUCCUUUGGCAACCGGACCAGCUAGGCGAUGUCACACGAGUCUUUUCGUGUCUAAAAGAAUAAAUCUUGUAGAAUACAAUAAAGUGAUCGGAUUUUUGGACGCCGAAGUUAUGGAUUUGAAUAAUUCUGACAGCGUCCAACGUAUUCACAGACACAAAGCCGUGCCCGCACAUUCCGAUGACAAGCGAAUUAUUCGCAUCAAUGAAUAUCCUUUAUAUAUGAUUACACAUAGAAUGGCAAAACAAAAUUUUCCAAAUAUGGAUGUUCAAGUAGCUAACUCGUUAGCCGAAAUGAUUAAAGAAGAGGGUCCAAAAUUUGGUCUUGAAUAUCCGUUAUACUCAUCAUAUUGUAAAUUCUACGGAUAUAAACAGCCAUCACUAUCCGCAAGCGAUGCUGCUUACGGGUUGAUUACGUUGUUAUCAACGAAAAAAUCUGCAUCGAUUGAAUUUGGGGUUGAAGUUCGCUGGGUAAGUGAUUUUGAGGACGAUGACUCAUGGUUGAAUAAUUUCUAUACUGUGAUGGAAGCAUUAGACAGUUGUACUGGAACGACUUUGUUGCAGUCAGGGAUUGAUCUACGAAAAGUUCUUCAACCUUUAUUUAGAGAUGAUCAAUUAGGGAAUGAUCGAUCAUUUGAUUUGUUUGAUCGUGACCGAUCAUAA